AUGAGUUCUCCAUCAAGGAAGCUUUCAGUGCCUCAUACUGUACGCACAGCUGCGGAGCCUCGACAGAACAGAUUGUAUCCUGUCCGGCUGUCGCACAUUGAACAGGCCAAUCCUACAGUCCGACUCUUGCAGCUCGCUCUACCUCCCAGUAUACAAGACCCGAAUUCGCAAGAUCAACUCGAAAAUUCUGAUGAUGCUACGUUACCAGAACCAUUUACGUUCUUCCCAGGGCAAUGGCUCGAUGUUCAUAUACCUUCCGUCCCAAAUGCCGGGGGCUUUAGUAUCACGUCCACGCCUGCAGAUGCCCAGGUGCUCCCGUCACUUGAGCCCUCGCCUGAGCUUGUCCCGGCAGACGAAGAGCUGCCUCCUCCCAUUGAUCCGCGGGGCCGUGAGCCAUAUGUAGAGCUGGCCGUUCAGAGUGCUCCGUCUAAUCCCGCUAGUGCAUGGCUCUGGCGGCCCAAGGAAGAGAUUUUGGGUAAGGAGCUGAGCAUCCGAGUUGGCGGCAGCUUUAUAUGGCCGCCCGCUGGCGUCAAGCUCGAAGAACUUCAAAAUGUUGUCUUCGUUGCUGGUGGGCUAGGUAUCAAUCCUCUCAUCUCCAUGCUCUCUCAUCUGAACAACAAUGAUGAAAGCACUGGUGUCUACCAUCCCUCUCUGAACAUCCACAUUCUCUACUCUUCCAAGCUCCCAGAAUCGACAACACCAGAAACAGCCCUCGACCAGAUAUUGUUCCUCCGGCGUCUGCGGGAGAUCGUCCGCUCUCAGUCUCAGUUCCAGCGCUUGCGUAUUGCCCUUGAUCUUUUUCUUAGUAACCUCCAAGACCAGUCAUCUCCAUUCCUGCGCCAAUCUCCAGAAGAUCUAGCCAUUCAUACUCGCCGCAUCAACCGAGAUGAUCUCGCCAGAACUGUCACCGGAACAGACAGUAAAUAUUCUCCUGAUAACACAGUAUGCUAUGUCUGCGGACCACCUCAGAUGACGGACGAGGUUGUCGGCAUCGUCACUGAACUUUUAAACGGGCGAAAGGAUCGAGUCUUCUUCGAGAAAUGGUGGUAG